UUACCUUAAUCACUUUUAUAUAAAUGGCCCCAAUCCUAAGCUGAAGCUUUACAUACUGGUUCCCUUAUAGCUACUCUCUCACUACUUAAGCUGCUAGUUUUUACACUCUCUCAUUAUGCGUUUCUUUGUUAAACCCCUUUUUGCUUUGUGGCUACUAGCUGCUGUAGCCCUAGGACUUACGGUUCCAGUACGACAAUGCCACCAAUCUAGCAUUGGACUCCAAGGCUGUAAGUCUUUGCUGCCCAAGCAAGUCGGCCAAGGAGUCCGUGCUAGAAAGCCAUCGCCUAUUUUCAAGCAGGGGCAUCUAGUUACUCGGAAUAUCGCCAAAGGCUUCUACGAUGAAGAGGAAGGGAUACGGCUUCGGGCAAACUCGGAGGCUCACCCGAAGAAUAUUAAUGACCUCAUACACAUGACACAAGUGAUCGGACGGGUCCUUGGCGAGGACAUUCCGUGGGGCAUAUUCGGUGGUUUGGCCCUAAUAGCCUAUGGGGAACCUAAUCGUCAGACAGCAGACAUUGAUGUUUUACUUCAAACAAGUAUCCAAGAACUCAGAAAACGGCUUAAGGCGGACCCAAAUUUCAUUGUUCCUUCAGAGGAGGUGUACGCGAAGACAAGAAACAUGCGAGCUUACUAUAAAUGGAAGAAUGAAAUAUUCCAGGUGGAUUUCAAUAUCCCAGGUCUCUCAAAAGUUUGGGAAAAGGCAAAAGUAGAGGAUAUCGUUCAACAAACUCAUUUUCAAACAAGCGAUCAGAAGUCAGCUUCAGUAUAUGCUGUACGUCUCGACGAGAUUUUUCAAUCAAAGGUUGAGACCUUACUCAAUACACACCGAAACAAGGCAACAGAUAUGCAAGACAUUUCCUGGAUUAUUAAAGAGCGGCCCGACGCCGUUACUAUUGCAAAGCCCAGAUUACCAAUCAAAUUGCGGCAACUGGUAGUCAGCCGUCUUGCCCAUAUGAGAUCACCCCUCGUAGGCAAGGCCAAGCAAUUACUCGGCAUUUGAUCUGCUCGGCAUUGCUGACGGAGAGGAUGGUCUGACGCAUUAAAACAUUGGCUGAAAAGACGGCCAGGUGAAUGGGCGUCUGCCUGCAGGAGUUCUGUUUGAUUACUGGGGAGGGAUUGCGUUCCAGCAGAUUCUUUACAGCCUCUAAAUCGUCAUCGGGGUUAAGACUCACCAUCUACAAGAUCUAAAAAGUUUGAAUGGACCUUAUAGUCUACAAAAUAGGAUGGAAGUCUACAAGAGGAACCUAGAUCUAAUACAUCGUACUCUCUAAAUAGAUCGCUAGAUUCUCUCAGAGAAUUAAUAAAAGUCUAC